AGAGAUAUCGGUUCACCGGAAGCUCUCGUUGUGAACCAUGAUGAAGGGGAAGCGGAAGUUCGUUGAAGUUUUCGUGCAACGUUCGUUGAAGGGGAAGCGGACGUUCAGUUGAAGUUCGUUAACAAUGUUAAUGAAUAUAAUCGUCUUACCUAUGACUCAUAACGUGAAGAGGAUUCUUGAACUGAGCUUCUCAAAGCCCUAAAGUGAAUAUAAUGUGUAUCCCUAAUAGUUUUUUUUUUCCAUAAUAGUUUGUUGUUCUAAUAUUAUAUAUACAUAUACAUAUAUAGUGGAUAUUAUUUUUCGAACGACAUAUUUGAGAUUCUUUUAAAGGAAAAGAGAAAAUUUGAAACUGCAGACAGAUUUGGAUUACUAUCCGAAGACACUGUUAAUGCACUGAGGUCGGAGUAAAAUGCAUAAAUAAACAAGACAUACAUUUUUCUUUUUUCGAAUUCACUAGAACAAGAAAGUCUUACACCAAUCUUUUUUAUUACAAGAAUCCUUUAGGAUUAUCCCAAUCCUAAGCUAAAACUCACCCUAGAGCCUAGACUUUUGUUUAACAGAAUCUUCCCGAUCCCGAGCUAAACUCCCCCUGAAUCUAGACUUCAAUCUUCCAACUCCGCGGAAGUACUUCACCAACUACGUCAGCACCUAGCGCAGAGCAGUGACACCAAAGACUUGAUCACACAAGCACCAAACAAUGAUCUCUCGACUUUUUUUUCUUUUUUUAGAGACAACUCUCAUCAUAGAGGCACGUCCUACAUGUAUACAUAACCAGAACUUGCUCUCCAAGUUCUUCCAAAAACAACUUAAGCAACUUUCCUUUUUCUCUCAAGGAAUAACUCUUUUGCAUUUUUCUCUUCAAAUAAUAUCCAUUACACUUAAUGUAAAUCUUCCAAUAAACAUAUUGCUUCUUCUCCAAGCUUAACAAGCCCACGGACAUCACAACAUACGAACUUCAACCAAGCCCAUCUUUAUGACACACGCAUGUACUACCUCCUGUAGUACUUCACGAACUGAUACAAAAUAUAUAUCUUCAGACACUUCACUGCAAUUAUUCACCAUGUGACCACAUAAAUAUGAGAUCCCCUAUGUAUCAAGGAGAAGCACUUUAAAAAUUACUUUAAAAGUUUAUUGGCAAAGAAUGUGACGUGGUGACGUGACUUCACCAGAAACUUUUAUUUAGUAAAACGCUUAGAUGUUCAGAGAACGUUUCUCACCAAAAAUGUGAAUUUAAUACGUUCACGCUAACAUUCCUUUAAAAGAACUUCAUACCAUCUAUACUUUUCUCGACGAACAUUUUUACGUGAUAAACUUUCAGCUUCAAGUUCGAUUAGUUGAUUUAUCAAUCUUCUCAAUAUAAUCAUAUCAUCAAUAAAGAUUUAUUAUUCCUCUAUAUGUUUCUGUUAAAAACGGUAACUCAUCUGAUUUAUCGCCAUUAAGUCGAUAGAUCCGUAGAGACGACAGAGCGCGGGUUACUAUUUACUUAUAUUAUAUUUGGAGAGAUGGUCCAUUCAUGGAUGUACCUAUUCUUGGAAAUUAGGCUGGACCAUUCUAUUGGUCCAAGGUACUAGUUAAUUCUAAAAAAAAAAACAAACCAAAGAACCAAACAAUGAAAAAGAAAAGGAAUAAUGACAAUUACUCGGAUUCCUUAUUAGAUAAGGAAAUUGACUAUUCUAGCGGAAUUGAAAAUCUCAAUUCCUAUAUAUGUGUGUGUUCUAAGAUUGUGAGUUUGACGGCCGAAUGAAAAAGCAAAACCACGUUCCUAUCCAAAAAAACUAAUCGAAACCUAUCGUCAUGGAGUGUGUCUCAAGCACAGAGGACAAACCACGCACGGGAAUACUGAAUCUUGAUGUUCUCAGUUGCCCUAUUUGCGUCGAGCCGUUCACUAUUCCUAUCUUCCAGUGUGAUAAUGGGCACUUAGCCUGCUCCUCUUGCUGCCCCAAACUGCGUAAUAAAUGCCCUUCCUGUUCUUGGCCUGUUGGCCACAGUCGCUGCAGAGCAAUGGAGACUGUUCUUGAGUCGAUCUCUAUCCCAUGCCAAAACGCCGGGUUUGGAUGCACGACAAAAUUGAUUUAUGGGGAAGAAUCAACUCAUGAAAAGACAUGCACUUUCUCUCCAUGCUCCUGCCCUGUAAAAGAUUGCAAUUACACUGGCUCAUGCAAGGAUGUCUACGUUCACUAUAAAAACCUUAUCCACCCGAAUCCCCAAUCAACAUCACAGCGCUAUAGGGUCCGUUGUGGCGAAUCCUUUAGUGUCAAGAUGAAUAUCAGUGAUAACUUAGUAAUCGGUACGUUGUAUAAGGAGAGGCUAUUGUUUACAGUGCAGAGUUUCAGGAAGUCUUAUGGUGUGUAUGUUAUUGUAAGCUGCAUUGCACCAUCUUCUCCAAAAGUAGGAAAGUUCUCAUAUUGUAUAACUUAUACAAUUGAUGGACACAGUAUAACUUACAAAUCACCAGAGUUGAAGAAGAUUCAGAGAGUGAGCUUUCAUACACCUCAAGAGAAUUAUAUGUUGAUUGCUAACAGUUCACUGCAUGGUGAAUCGUUGGAGAUGAGGAUUUGCAUCAAGAAAGAAAAACGAGAUAAAACAAACGAUAUAAAAGGUCCUCAUCAGAAGCGAAGAGCGUUCUUGAAGUGAGCUCUUAAAUCUCUAAGUCUGAACAGAGUUUCAUGUUUGUUCCUAACAAUUUUUUUGUUUGGUAAAUCGUUGAAGAUUAAUUACCAACUAAUCGAUUUCUCACACAAUCAGACAUUGUGGCUCUUGUAAUCUGAUAUACAAGAUUGGACUUUUUAUUUUUUCUUUUGAUAUU